AAUUAAUAACCCUUAACGGAAUUAACCGAAUAAUCCUCAAAUGCGCCCAAGACCCCAAAAUAAUACCCAAUAUAACCCAAACAUAAAUAAACCGACAAACAAGUCCAAAUACCGAAAUCACCCAAUAAGUGGGUUUCUAACAUAGUGUAGAUUAGGGGUGGCAGUCGGUCGGUUUCGAUUUAACCAAAAACCGAAAACCCGGUUAUCGUUUAAACCGAGACACCCCCUAUAGCUGCCGACCACCGACCGAAGAGAGGUCACGGUUAGCCGGCCAACCGACCGGUCGGUUUCGGAUUUGGGCUCGGUUAGCCGGCCAACUGAAAAAAAUACAUUUUCCACAAAAAAAAAAUUAAAUAAAACAAAAAAACUCCACCACUCCUUCCUUAUCUCCUCCUCUCUCCUUCCUUCCUCCACCAGACCUCUUCUCUCUCCUUCCUUCUUCUUCUCUCACCUUCUUUCUCCAUGGAAACAGAUCUGCAGGGGUGGCGAGGUGCGGCGACGGGCGGCGAGGCGUGGCGCCGGGGAGGAGGAGGUCGUCGAGGCGAGGGGGCGGGCAGAGGCAGUCGCAGGGGCGGGGCUGAGGAGGGGCCAGCGGCGGAGCGCGCCGUUGGUUCCGCCGCCAGAACCAGAUGCGCUGCUACUGUUGUUGUUGAAAGGAAUCAAAUCCGAGGAGGAGGAAGUUUCUUCUGCCUCUUGCUUGGCCGGCUCGGAGUCAGAGCAAGUUGUGGUGGCGGUGGAAGGAGGGGGAGCGGAGGAGGCAGGGGAGGGCGGCCGGAGUCGUCGGAAGAGGGAGGAUGGGGGAGGAGGAGGGAAGAUGGAGGAACGAGAGGUCAGAGGAGGGAGGAUGGGGGAGGAGGAGGGAGGAUGGGGGGGGGGUGCGGCUCACGGCUGUGCGAAACGAGAGGUCCGAGGAGGGAGGAUGGAGGAACGAAGGGAAGGGCUGCUAGGGUUUAGGGAGAGGUGGGUAGUUUUAUUUAGGCCAAAACGGGGUCGUUUAGCGUCGGUUAGCCGGUUAACCGGUCUUGAUUUUUCAGCUAACCGCCUAACCACUGAAUGCCUCCGACAACCGACCGCCACCCAUUUUUUCGGUUUCCGGUUAGCCUCUAACCGGCGGUUAACGGUUAGACUAGCCGGUUAGCCGCUAACCGGCAACCAAACUGACAACCCUAGUGUAGAUGUUUACGAGUUGCUGCGAUGGUUACGUUCGAAUGUUGGAACUUGAGGAGGAGGAGUUUAUUCUUGUGCGCGAAAUGGUGGAGCGCUUGAACUGCCUGUCCAAGUCACCAAAUGAUGACAAGAGCUUGUACAUGGGUGAAGGUUAGGGAGGGUUAACUGUGUGGGACACGAAAUCGGGGAAUCCUUCCUUGUAGUUGCUUUUGUAAGAUAACUUUUAGUUCAAGAGAGUUAUUUCAUUCGUCUAUUAUGAAACCCAUGAGUUAUGAAAGGAAAAGGAGUGUUACAUUUGAUUCACUUGGUUUUAAGAAUAAGGAGUUAUCAAAGAU